AACCAUUUUCUAUUAUUGAGUAGUACACUUAUGGUUUAUGCAUCAUCUUCUCGCUGCAGCCCAUGAGAGUUGAUGAGUGUAGAAGCAGAGUAAAGCAACAAGGAAUAGGACCAAGGAAUCAGAGACACCUUGUGAGCUCCCUGCCUCGAAAACAGAAAAGUGCAACUUAAAUGCAACAAGCUGAUGCAAUAUAUCCAGCGUGCUAGCUCCAAAUUUUGUCUUCUUACUAAGUACAGAGAAUGUCCUCUGGCUUCAGCUUUCAUUUGAUAAUGAUUUGCAUAGUCAAGUAUUUUUUAGAAAACAAAAUAUGGAAGGAGACUGGUGGAUGUUCUCUCACACCUGUGCACUCUGCUGUGGCCUGUGGACCUGGGACACAAGUACAGUUGAGGGGAGGUUUGGGGAAUUAAAUGCAUAGCUUUGAAAACUGGCAUUAGCAUCUGAUUCAAUGGCAGGAAAGGCUGUGGAAAGAGGUAAACAGGUUAAAACUAUUACUGACACAGGAAAGAAGCAGAUACCUGCAAAUAGUGAAGUGCUUACUCUUCCAGGGGGCCUGGCUGUACAUGUUGCUGUCCCACUCUCAGCUCCAUUUUCAGCUUAUCUCCAUCUCUCAGAAAGUCACCUUCCUGUGCACAGGCCAUGGGUUCCUUCCCCAAAUCUUAGAGCUGUCUCCUAAAGUCAUGGUGCUAGGGUACAGCACCCACCUGCAGGUGCCCUCCUAGGUGGAAAUGAAAGUACCAGCUCUGUCUGGAGUGCCGUGCACUCAGCUUGUGGCAGGCAUUGGAGCUGGAUGUGCCUGGCCCCAGCUGUGCCCAGGUGUGACAGUCAGUAGUUCGUGGCUUGGCUGCUGCUGCUGCCAAUCCAAGGGAAUGUAGCCUGUCUCUUCAACUCAGUCCCCGUGCUGAAAGAUCAGCUGCAGUGAUUCUCAACCGGCUGAAAGAUUGAACUAGUUCCAGGAAGUCCUGCCAGCAUACCUGAACGUGCUUUCCUCUUUUUGCAGGGUGAAUUUAACUCUACAAACUACUUUUUGUAGGAUUGUCCCUUUCCCAUCCCCCAGACAAACCUUGCAAUAAUGUGAUUCUCACUGCCCCAAAAACAAAGCCCUCAUAUUUCUUAGUCAUUCCAUAUGAAGUAAGCUACCCUUUUCCCAUCAAUCCCCAUUUUACAUGUGGGAAAAAGGAACAAGAGCAAUUAAAUUCAGUAGAUCAACUCUGAUUUGAGGUUCUUCCUUUACAGAGAGACUGUGAGAAAGCUGUGUAUCUGAAGCAUGAUAGUUUCAUCCUUCUAGAGAGGGAACAAGUUCAGGCUUGGUUGCUCAGAAUUACUUGCUCUGUUGUUGUGUGUUGAGCAGAACAUAAAAUAACCCCCCAGAGAUGUAUUUCUAACUAGCAAGCUUCAACCAGCUCCUGCUACAGUAAUAGCAACAUGGUAUCCUGGAAGAAAUCACACACACUGAGAUAGCAUCAGCAGGGCAUAGUUUGCUUUAUUUAUACUAUAAAAAGGCAUAAAUAUUGCACAAUCUGAUGCAGCUGGUACAUUUAGAGGUUAACUGAAUCAUGGGUUUUUAUGGCCAGAAGAUGAGGGUUUGAUUGCUUAGACUGAUCUCACCAUAGCACAGGCAUUUGGAUUUCUCUGAAGCAUUUCCCUCUCCAAAUUCAAUACAGGGGUGCUUGAUCUAGGAAUCAUCUGUGAACACAUCCACUCACCAUGCACCAAAACAUGAUUCACCCUGGUGCUUGAGACACUUGUCUCACUGGUGCAUCCCUCAUACUGUGAAAGAUAAAUGCUGUGUUUCUAGUUCAGUGUGCAUUCUAGCUUCACAUCUUGCAACAGAUGGCACGCUUCUUGCAGCAGCCUUGUGUGACUGCAAAUCCUUCUCUGACCAUGUUCCCUACUGCAUGCUUCCCCUUUCUUUUGAUAAACUGAAUAAUUUCCUGGGUCUUUUGCUGUAAGACUUACUUUAAACCUCUUAUCUGUUACCACUGUGUGCACAGUGUGUGGGCAGAUUACAAUGAUGAUUAAAUGGCUAUUUCAGUCAUUAUUUCAUAGGCUGCAUUUCCUCGUGCUUGCAGCUAGGUAUCUGCACUUUUUCUGUAGAUUUUUGUCACAAACCACAGAGCAAAUUGUCUGCAUUACUGAAGAAAUUUCCUAUUUGCACAUUUGCAAGCAGUGGGCAAUACCUUCAGGGAGUAAAAGAAAUAUUAAGUGAGUUGUUCAAAUAUUUCCAUCUAAGAGUUGAGUGGACUUCAGUAGAUCCCUGUCGAACUUCAAAUUCAGCAUACUGUAUAUCCAGCAGCCUUUUAACUUUAGAUUUGCAGUGUUUAAAGUCCAGUACUUGGUGAUUAGGCUCAAUCUCUAAUUACACAGCUGAGUUAUUGUAGAAUCAUAGAGCAGUUUGAGUUGGAAGAGACCUUGAAGAUCAUCUACUUCAACCCCCUGCCAUGGAGAGUUCUAUCAUCCAAUGCUAGAAAUAUUUAACUUGUAUUUAACUUAAUCAGGGUUUGCUCUGAUUUUAAUUCCGGCUUUUGGCUACCUGCAUAGAGCAGAACACAGCAGAGGUAUCUGGGGAGCCUGGCCAGCCCAUUCUGUGGAGCUGUGCAAGAUACAGCAGAGGAAAGCCUUAAACUCAGUGCAGUUGCCAGAGUCUGUGACAGCAGUGGGAAUUAAACUGGGAACAUGCUUUAAUACAGGACACUGGAGAACCAUUUCUUUCCCAACUUGGUGCUUAUUUGUAGAGCUCCUCCUUCACUGUCCAGUACCUUGUCUGAGCACCUCCCUCACAUGCAUGAAGUCACUAAUGUCAUGUGCAAUCUAACAGCUGUCAACCUCCCUCUCCCCUUGCUGCCUUUUCAGGAUCCCUUGAGGAGAAAUCCCCAUAGGCAAGGGGUGUGCUGGCCUUCUGCAGACUUGGGAGCCUCUGAGCCCUUUUGUCUCUGUGGGAGUACAGCAGUGUAAGAGCCUCUGUCUCUGGGGGAGCUAAAGCACUGGAUGGUUCUCAUCUCAUUUAAGUGGCUGUAGAUACUUUAUAUGCAACGUGCUUUGGUUACAGCCUGCUGCUCUCAGAUGGAUGUUUUGUUUCAUUUCACCAAUAAGUUGAGUCAUACCAUUUGUCUCGAAGAUACUGCAGUCAUGACAGCAAGGGGAGCUCUAUUUCUGCCCUCGGGCAGUGUCAAAUAAAGACUCCAACCUUUAUUUUCUUUCUGGUUCUAGGGUCAGAUCUAGACAAGCUACAGGACAUAAUAAGCCAGUUCUCACUCAUCUGUGAUGAAAAUACUAUAGGGGUCAUUGUCAAAGCUGGUUGGUAACUUUUCAGAUCUGCCAACUUUAUAAAAAUCUUUUUUGCAUGGUCUUGAGAGCAGUGAUCUGUGGCGCUGUCUGCUGCCACUCAUAUCUACUAAUGGUUAGCAGCCAUCAAUCUUCAGCAGCCAUCAAUAACCAGCAUUAACCACUAUCCUAAUAAUUGUAGGAUAAUCUGUCUGAUGACAUGUUUACUGACAUGUUUACUGACAAGCAGACAUGCAUGGUGACAAAGCCAGCCUGAUAUGCUGAUGAUCAGGUAUCACAAAGUGUUUGUGUAAAGCUUUGAACAGUCUGGCUUUGUCUGGUGCUUGCCUGGUCACUGCUGAGCUUCAAAUGGUAGAAGAGCUGUGUUUGGUCAGGCCUGAAAUAAGCAGAUCUGGUUUGCCUGGCCCUGUGGAAACAACAGGUCAGAGGCAGACUCCCUACCCUGCUGUGUGUGUGGGACUGUGUAAGUGUUGCCCGAUUUCCACUUGGCCACUGCAUUUGACCCAUCUUAAACAUACUCAUUAACAGGGCUUCAUAGUGGGCUGCAUAAAAUCAGAUGCAAUUUUGGCAUGAAGAAAAAUGGGGUUUUUACAUUUUAACCUAAAAGCAAUGAAUUUACACCACUGGAAUCCUACUUAAGCCUGGGUUGUAUCAGUAUAUGAAAGCUGUUUCAGCAGCAGCAUUUCACAGCAGGCUUUUCUUGUUUGGGGAAUAGAAGGCCAUCUGGAAGCCUUCUCCUUCCCAGGAGCUGUGCUACUGGAACAUCAUUUUUCUGGCAUCAUUAUAUCUCAAAGGCUAAUGAGCGCUACAUGAUUUAAAAGUGGGGGUGCUGGUACUUCUGUCUGCAUAGAUGGAAGUGAGUAGAAAUAAUCAAUAAGCCUGGCCAAGAUUUAGUUAUGUUUCUUCUCCUUUUGUUUUACAGGGCCAUCUUGACAGAAAGGGUAUUAGUAGUUCUCUUAAAUCAUGCAUGAGAAAUGUUUCUGGAAAGAAAACUUUCUCAACAGUACUUGUGUCUCAAAAGGAAAUCAACAGAUUUAGUAAGGAUGCAGGAGGCUUUGCAAAAUCCAUGUACUGGGAGCAGAGGGUCUGAAGAGAGCAGGGACAGAGAAGAUUUGAGCUGCAUUUGGGUGAUCCACAGGAAGGUCUGAGGCUUUGCUGAAGUAAUGUAUCACAUUGAUAUGUACAAAUUGAUCGAAGAAGCUAAUGACAAAAUGUCUUUCCAUAAGGUUUUUGGGAGUUGUACAGGUGGAAAUCUAAAAAGUUUGGGAAUAAGCUAGCAGCUCACCCACAGUUUGGAUGAGUUCUGGAUAAAGGUUCUUGGCUCUGUUUAUGUGAAAAAUCUCCCAGAACAGGUGUUACCAAUCAUGAAAGGGGAAUCUGUGCUUCAACAUCUGACCCAGUGUGUGGAAAACUGCCCAAGGAGACUGUGGGACUGACCACAUCUGAGGGUCAACACCACGAAUUCAAGACUUUAUAAACACUGACAUCUUGUGAAAUCAGUUCCUGAAAGACCUCAGAAAUUAUGUGAAUCAUAGUAUUAUAGAAUACCCUGAGUUGUUAGGAUCCCACAAGGCUCACUGAGUCCAAGUCCUGGCCCUGCAUGGAACAGCCCUGUGAGUCACACCACAUGCAUGACAAUGUUUUCCAGUUGCUUCUUGAAUAAUAUAUAAAUACAAUAAUAAUAAAAAUAUAUGAAAACAAGAAUGAAAGGUGUCACAAGCAGGUUGUUGUCUGAAGGCUUCAGCUGGUUUCAGAAGCAUGCAGUGCAACCUCACUGGGCUGAACUUCCCUGUUCACAUUUCCUUUACCUUUGGCACAUGCUGUGCUGGAAAUGGGAGCACCAUAGAGAGGAGGAGGGAGUUUGUUCUUUUGUGAGAUAUUGCUCUGAACAAGUUACUGGGGAGACUUUUGCAAGAGCCAUGUGUGACUUGGCACUGGUAGACAGUUAAACACACUUUAUUUAAAAAUCUAAAGACUGAUUAAAAGCAAUGAGGAAUAAAUUAGGAACAACUUUUUGGACAUCUAUGCCCAUAUGUCAGCAUACAGCUUGUACAUAUAUGAAGAGAAUUAGGGUUACUGGUAUGUUUGCCUGGCUGUUUCUUCAGGCAACUUCAAGAAAAGUGAUUCACACAACAUUCUGCCAGUGAAGCAUGAAAGCUUCACUGUUGAGUGGGACAGUGCUUUGGUUUGGUUUCAUAUCACUUUAUCUCUUUUAAAACUUUAUCUGCUUUAUCAAUAGAAUCACUUAAAUGUUGCAAUCAAAAUCAUGUCAAGAACCAUCAGCUAAAGAGAGAAAAAUUCAAAUAAGGAGGACUGGUGAUUGAUUUAUCAUUUUUUAACUCAGUCUGGCUGAAUCUUGAAGGAUUAUGCUGGCAGUCUAACAAGCAAAAAUCCAUUGUUCUGUAGAGAUGGUCAUGUCAAACUACAUUAGCUUAUGGUUUUAUCAUUUAUAAAUGCACAUUUUAACAGGUAAACACAGUUUAGAUGAGUCAGCAGAAUAAGGAAAAAUCCUUGAACAACUGGAAAAAAUUUAGUGAGUGCAGUUAUAUAUCUGCAGUUUUUCUGUGAUAUUUUGUGGUUUUGUUUGGUCUUGUUUGAUUUGCCAAAGUUUAUCUGUCUCUAGGCCUUCCACAAUAAAUGUUUUCACUAUGAGUAAAUUCACUGGGGAAAAAAGUGUACGUAAAACCAAGUUUCCUGUUAGUAAUAUGCAUGGUACAAGUAAUGAAUGGUAUUUUCGCACCAAAUCUUCUUAGGCCAAUAACAUUUCAGAAUAUAUUUUGGAUGUAUUUUUGCUUUCCAAAUCUUGGGCCACUUAAAGCUGAAAAAUGUCACUUGUUUGUUCCUGAUGCAAAGUUAAAUCACCAUACUGUUCUUUUACUCUUUUUACUCUUCAGUCAUUCACAUAGCUAAUUAAAUUCAUAGGACCAGUAAAUGCAACUUUUUUUCAUUGCAAAGAGUGCAAUUCUCCUGUUCUUCCUUUAAAGUCGCUGGCUUUCACCAAGGUUUUUGAAGGAGGACCUUGACUCUGUAUUGCCAUAACAGGUAAGAUUCAAAUUCUGCCCUUUUCUUCAUAAAUAUGACAGCAUCUUGCACUAACAGUGUUGAUUUUCAGGCUCUGAAAAUAACUCAUAGCUGCUUGUGUGAGUUGGUGUCACCCCGAUUGAGCUAUACGACCAGGAUGCCCUUUACAGACUGAGAACAUGAGAACACACUGGCAGUAAAAGAAAUCAUACACUGCUUCCCUGUGCCCCUGUGCUUUGAGGACAGCAGGAGGAUCUGUGAGAGCUUUGUCAGCUCUCUGUGUCCCAGGCAUGCAGUGCCUGUGGCCUGACCUCCCAUGCAUGGAGCACUGCCAGGGACAGCUGUGCAUUCAGACCUGGAGGGAAGGUGGCAGAGGGCAGAUGUGAUGCAGCUGUGGGAGAGUUUGACUUCCAAGGGUCUGGAUGUGAGCCAGUGAAGAAAACCAGAGAAAUACCUGACACAAGUAUGAUGUGAACCCUGAUCCAAACCGCAUGCCUUAAUACUGUGGGUUGUCACUGCCAUUCUCUUGCAGUCCUGGAACCCAGCUGGUUUCAGGUGGAAGGUGGUUUGGUUUGGUUUGGUUUGGUUUGGUUUGGUUUGGUUUGGUUUGGUUUGGUUUGGUUUGGUUUGGUUUGGUUUGGAAGCAGCUUUGUGACUGUGUUUAGCUGGUUUGCUGUGCUCUGGGAGGUCAUUGGGAAGGCUGAGGAAAGGAAACACUCUCUUCAUAGCAAAACGAUGAGAUCAGAAUUUUCUAGAGUGUUUUAUGACAGAUUUAUGAAAGGAGGGUCACAGUGGCCAUGACCUGUCAAAUUCCAGGUGGGUGUCCUUGUGGAGGAUGGGAAGGAGUGCUGGAAUUCCUGGAGGGGUAGUCAUGGGGCAGGCACAUCCCUGGGGAAGCACCACAGGGUGUGGGGCAGCCAGGGACAGGUACCUGUGGUGUGACCCCUUUCGUGUGGGGCAGGGCACCUGAAGCAAAGAGGGAAGGAUGGUGAGGGGGCUCAGAGCACAAGCUUGGAGUGGGAAUGGUCAUGGCAUAGGUGAGGAUCACACAGGGAGGAGUUAGGACAAGGAUCAUGAGAGAUGAGUGAAACUGAAGCACUGCCCAAAGCUGAGCAGCAAGAGAAGCUGAAACACCAGAAGUGAAGCCGCCCUGCAGAGAUGCAAAGGAGAGUUCUGGAGAACUGCUGGAACCUCCAAGGGGCCCUGUGGGGACUGCCCUGGCUCUGGACUCUGAAGCAGUCAGAUGUUCUUGUCACUGGUGCCCUCUGCUGCUGCUCGACUGCAGUAAUAUUUUUUAGAAACAUUUCUUGUUCUUUGCCAACACUGUUAAUAUUUACCACCUGGUAAGCAGAGUGCUCUGGCAUCUCACUGUGAGAUUUCUAAGAGAGUAUGUGUGAGCAUGGAGAUAGGAUUUUCCUCUUUGAUAGAGUUUUACUUCUGGGAGCACUAAGGUCCCAUUUCUUUACAUCUCAGCAAUUUGGGCAGCUGUCCCUAAUGAUCCCUGCUGGUCUGCUUUCCUCUGGAAUCAGCACUGAGUUCAGAUUCAGAUUUUCCAGGAGCUUAUGUUUUCACCUGGGCAUGUGUGACAUUCCCCUGCUACAGUGAUUUUUCUAGUUUUAAUCACAUAGUCAUGGCUUUACAUGACUGACUGCUAUUGACUGUGCCCCUCACUCAGUGGUUAUGAGUAUAGAAACACUCAGUCAUUUUGUGUAGACUCCAUUCCCAUGCCUUGGGUGGGUAUAGCAUUUUUUCUUGAUGAAUAGUCAACAGGUUCCAUUAUCUGAGAUCAUAAAACAUGUUGAUGACAUUUGCUGAAGUUGUCCCAGCACUUCAUCCAGCUGCAGCCACACAAAAGACUCUCUUCCUUUCUCAGCCACUGCAGAGACACCAGAGCAGCAGUUCCUGGAGCCAGGUGGUACAAGGAGAGCCCCGUGGUGGUAAAGGCAGUUCCACAGCAGCAAUGUGGCCAUGAGGUACCAGUGUGGGGCCCCUGGGGCUACCACAGCUCUGUGACUGCAGGAGAGCUCUCAGGCACAUCAUGUCACCAACCAGUCAGUCCCUCAUCUCUGUCUCUACCUGCAUCUCCAGAAUUUUGCAAAUGAAAUCUGCCACUCUCUUUGUGCUUCUUUUGAUAGCAACAAGUGCCUGAGCAUUAGUGUGUGUGAUGGCAGGCACAAGAGAUUAUAGAAAACAUCAAGUUUAAGUUUGCUCAUUUUAUAAAGUCUGUGUUUGUGCAGAACCCUUGCAAAAAGAAUGGUCAGAGCAAAGCAGGGAGAGAAAGGUCAAUCAUCUUAUCUCUGAAAGCAGGCAUGGAAACGUCAGAAAAGGAAUAUUCAUUGUCUAACUCCACAGCAGAAUGAUUUUGUACGCAGUCUGUGAGACAUUCAAAGUUCAGGACCUACUUCUAAGGCUUGACCUGAUGAUUUUCUGCCUAGGCAGGCCUUUGCCAUCACAUGAUUUACCCCAGGUAGGUAGUUACACCCGGAUCAAGUAAAAAUAAUAAUCCAUCCUUAAUAGCUCUUUUCCAAUGAGUCAAUGUACCUUACAUGAAAGGUGCAAUGAAAAAGGUAAGGGAACACUGAAAGAGGUCAUGGAAUUUAAUUUUCAGUGAAAUCUAGUUACAAAUUCUGACGUUGGAACCUUCCAGGUCAUGCCUGGAUUAACUGAGUUCAUUAAGAAACAUUUAACCAACUUAUUUGCACUGAUAAAUCAAAUAUCUUUUGUGCCAAGUCCUUGUGAAACAGUAGAUAAACUGUGCAAUGUUUGUUUUGCUUUUAGCAGCUGUGUCAUCUGAGCUGUUGAAUACUAAGAGAAUGUUUUGUACAGUACCACAUGUGGAUCACUCUGCAUCUUUUGCCAUAGCCCUACUGGGAUAUUUACUUCAAUUAAUAAUUUUAUCUGAAAGUCACAGAGAAAGAAGGAAGAUUUUUUUUUCCUGACAAUUUUUCAUUGAAAUAUCAUAUACUUCACAGCUCUGAAGUGGGAAAAUACAUCAUAGUUAAUGUGCUCCUUUUUUACUAUUCCAAAAAAAUGAAAAAAGACAGGGGGCAUCUUUCAUGUAUAUGAAAGAGCAUGCAUUAGUCAUCACCAUUUCCAGAGGAGGUGAUAUGUGUAGAAGAAGGCAGUGGUUGGGAGGGGGGAACAGCCACUUUCACACUUGAGGGAAACAGGGAUGACACGUGAAGCAGGAGAGUUUUUACAUGGGCCCUUUUUUGGGAUCACUUCUUGGGGUUGUUGUGUUUCUUUCAUUUCCUCUUUCAUGUUCUCAAGCCACUCUGUUACCUCUGUGCAUCUGUCUCUGGCAGGACUGAAAGGCAUGAUGAAGGCAUACAUUUUAUCACUUGGUGUCAGCACCAGUUGCUGGUUUUUUUGUGUUUUAAAUGCCUGAUUUAUCAUCUGUUUCCAUUAUGACUGUAGUUAUUUGAUAUCAUGGAAUGUUAACAAAGGUUUUGUUACUUGAUGAUUACUGAAUUCUUCUUGAAUUUUAAAUUAUUUGGUGAGAUUUUCUGUUACCAUAUUUCUUUAUGAUAUGCACUGUUUUCAGAGCAUACAGACUACCAGCAAACUAUGUGCUUGCCUGAUUUUUUGUGAUGAUGAUAAGUAAUUUUCUAAAGUUGCAGAACGUCUCUAGUUAAGGCCCUAGCUAGAGUUUGGGCAGCUCUGUGCUCAGACCUUGUUUGUGCUGCAGAUCCCUGGCCAACCUUUGGAAAGGCGGGGUGGGCACGGUGCCCCGUGAUGACAGUGUUACAGCUGGGGACAGUGACAAUGUUGCCCCUUUGCUUUGUCUCCUAGAGCACAGACCCUUUGCAUGAGCUGCUGUACCCCAGUGGUUCUGCAGCUGGUCAGCAGGAGCUCAGCUGUUCAUGCAGGUAGCUGAGUGCAGCACUCUCAGGAAAUCUGCCAAGCUCAGACACCCUCUUUGAAACUGGCAGCUUUCACUUCUGUGCCUCUUUUUAGUGUGUAUAGCACCUGACUGACUUUUCCCAUUUCCUGACUCUUUUUUUCCUGACUUGGGGAAGUGCCUGUUCUUUCUUUAUGCUGAUCACAGUCUGGAACUAAGCACCUUACUGAGAGAUGAUUUGGUAUAGCAGCCACAUAGAGACUUGCUGUUGGUGGAAUCACAGUACAGGUCCAGUGGAAAGGCUGUUACGAGCUUCAUUUCCUUGCCCUUCUGAUUACUGAAAAGCAGUUUGCCAUGUAUUGCAAAGGACUUCAUUGCAAUGAACUUCAUUGACUCGGUUGCAGUGAACUUCAUUGACUUCAUUGCAGUGAACUUCAUUGACUUCAUUGCAGUGAACUUCAUGAACUUCAUCCUUUUUCAGCUAUGUUUUGGGUCUAGUGAGUUCAUACAUAAAUAUUUAACCAAAUUUUUUUAUCUAGCUGGUCAAAUGUAAUUUCUGUGAUCUGAAAACAAACUAUGUGGUUUGUAUCUUAUCUGUAGUACAACGUGUAGCAUCUUACAAAUAUGGGUGUUAUAAAUUGUUGAAUACUGAAGAUAUCACUGAACCUUAAUACUUGCUGACCAUGGCAGAUUCUUUGCCAAAUUACUGCCAGAAAUAAGGCAGAGGUAGAUAUUGGAUUUUCUACAUGGCACUAAGGAAAGUCCUGUCUGAAAACAGUAAAAGUUUAGUAGCUAAGAUGUUGCUAUUUGCAGCAGAACAGGCAAGAUGAUUUCCACAGACCACUCUGCCAGCUUGCCAUCCUGGUUUUGGAUGGGUAGAGUUAAUUUUCUCCAUAGUAGCUGGUACAGGGCCAUGUUUUUGAUUUGUGCUGGAAACAGUGUUAAUAAUUCAGGCAUGAUUUAGUGAUUUUUCAGCAGUGCUUGCACAGCCUCAAGGUAUUUUCUAAUUUCUCCUACCACCCAGUCAGCAAAUAUGUUGGGGUAGCACAAGAGGUUGUGAGGAGACACAGCUGGGACAGCUGAUCCCAACUGUUCAAAGGGAUAUUUCAUACAUAUGCAACAUGCUCAAUGCUUAAACUAGAGAGAAAUAGGCUGGGGGCCACUGCCCAGCAGUGGCUGGGCAUCAAUUGGUUGGUAGUGAGCAAUUGUUUUUAGUUUCCAUUACUUGUCUUUCUUAAGUUUAAUUUUCAUAAGUUUGUCUUCAUUGUCAUCAUCAUAAUUAUUUAUUUCAAUUAUCAAAAUAUUCUCAAGUCAACCCAUGAGUUUUCUCACUUGUAGUGUUCCGGUUCUCUUCCCCUCUAUCCUGCUGGAGAGAGAGAGUGGAAAGAGUGGUAAGUGGCUCAGUUGUCAGCUGGGGUUAAGCCAUCUCAAUGGAAAUGCUUAGUGAAGUGUCACAUUUUAGUGUAAGGACAUAGAAACCCAAGGAUGGAUGAGCUGGAUCAUGACAAUAGUCAAGGCAGCCCAGAAUUCUGUCCAAUUCCAACAUUAACUUAAAAAUUCAUUCCCAAGGAACAGAAUAAAACCAAACGUGGCUACCACAGAGGAAUAUUCUUUCAGACUGCUUCAGUCACCAGUGCUUCCUGAGCUAUCAGUGGUAUCUCUGUGUUUGAGCACUCUCAAUGGAUUUUUGCUCUCAUGAAUUGGCCUGGUUACUUUUUGGACACAUAUGUCUUGAAAAAUUGUGUUCCACAGCCCAAGGGCAUAGUGUGUGAAAAGCCACCUCCUUUGGCCUAUUUGAAAAUACAGAAAGGAACAAAUACCAAAAGUUGCUACAUUUAUUUGUGCCUGGAUGCCAUGGAAUAGACACUAGCUAAUAGUUUGUACCCAGCUUUCCACUGUGCAAACUCCACGUUUCUCUCUAACAGGAUGAGGGAGCAACCUGGAAAAACAAAAUUGAUAACAUUUCCUGGUCAAGAUAAAGACAGUUAAACAGAGAGAGAAAAAAAUAAACAAGUGAUGCAAAGACUCACCACCAAAAGGCUCAUGAUCACUCAGUCUCUGAACAAUGGCUGCACUGGAGAGGCAAUUCCCCAGUUUUCAUUGCGGAGUGUGAUGUUAGACAUGGAUUAUCUCUUAGGGCAGUUUGGAUUGUUGUCCAAGCAGUGUCCACUCCCAAUCCCUUGCUAUCCCCCACCCUGCUGCUUGGGCUGGGGACAAAGGAAGCAACCAGCAAAGCCUCAGCGCAGUGCAAGCAUUGUUCAGCAGCAGCUAAAGCACUGCUGUGUCCUCUCCACGGUCACAAAUCUGAACUGUGGCACCAUGCUGGCUGCUGUGAGGGAGCCAGAUCCAGUAUGCCUGAGCAGGCUGGGAAUACACCUGUAGGGGCUGUCCUGGGGAGAAAAAGGUGUCUGUUUUCUCACAGACCUAAUCUGGAGGUCAACAGAAGCUGAUUAAGUGCAGGUCCCAGAUGAAAGGCUACGUGUAAACACAGGAUGGAGUCCUAGGAGUUGGCCCAUGCAUGCCACUCGGCAGGCCCAGCAAAGCAGCAGCUUCCAGAAGGCAUUCUAAGGAAGGCCUGGAAUUUGAAACACUGGUUCAUACAGCAGCAUCCCACCCUGUCAAUUUGAGCUUGAAUUCACAGGUGGAGCCAGAGAAUGGUGCCAAUUUGUAACAAGACCAGAGGCCCCAGCAUCUGCUUUCCUACCACACUGGGAAGAAGGCUUGGAAGAUAACAGAGUCUCUUAAGUGCUUCCUCUGAAUGUGAACUAUAUGAGGAUGGGUCUUUCAGACCCAGAUAAACCCUUCAUACUCAAAUAGCCUUUCACACUCAAAUAAUCCCUGUCUUUCUGUCAUCAGAGGUGACCCGAGACCUUUGGCAGUUAAAUCUCUUCCCGGUUAAACUCAUGGAUUCCUCCAAGCAGCUCUGGCUUUAUUCCCAACACCAUUUUGAAACCCUUUGGGGAUUAUGUGAGUAAUUAGAUAAAUAAUAAAAAAGCCAUGUCCGGAUGUGGGAUGAUGCUGCAAGCAAAGCUCUGCUUUUCCAGUGCAUUAGGCUUCACAGCAGUUGUUCACCCUCAGGGCUGCCAAUAGAGGAAUGCAAGGCACUUUAUCUACAAAAGCAAAGGAAAAGAAAAAGCAAACAACAGGAGUUUUUACUUCAUGACAAUAAAACUGACUGUUUUCAGCAAUAUAAUCACCCCUCCAAAGCCUAUAAGGUUCCUUUCAAUUUCACUCAUCUGCCCACUGCUGGUUUUAAAUACCCUGGCGUGCAAUAUUCAAAGUAAUGCCCAUUGCACAAGAAUUUGUAGAAUUUGUUGCUGAUAAAAAAACCCAUUGAGACCAGGAGAAAUGGUCAGGGAAUUAGAAUCAUCUGCCUCAAAACAGAUCCUUAGCAGACAGACAUGUAAAUCUGUAUGCCUCCAGAGCCUUCCUUUGUAGUGAGGAAAAACAAACUUCUUCAGUGACUGGCUCAUUUCACAAAAACAAACUCAUAAGAAAAGUGAGAUGUCCUAUUCUCUGGAAGUAUCACUAUUUCCCCACUAACAGGUGAGACUGUCAGCUCAUUUGUACAUCCACCUUUUUAAUAUCUAAAUUUAAGCUGGAUAUGUUUCUUUCCUCGCUAUUGCAGAAUCUGCUAGUACUCAGCUAACUGGGCUAAAGAUAAAACGUACCCAUCCUUAAACCCCAUUCUGACAACUCAGUAGAGAACAAAGUGUGGUGUUUACAGUAUGUCUGGCCAUUCUUGUGCACAGGAACACUCAAAAACUAAUUGAACAAAUGUGGACUCAAGUUCUAAGCCAACAAGUUCACACAGGAAGACAAAUUGUUUUCCAUUAUAUCAGGGAGACAAAGUAGAGAUUAAGAUCCAUAUAUAUUCUUAUGUAUAGGAUAUGUAUUUUUACGUAUAGGAUAUAUAAGAUUAUAUGCAUUUUAACAUAUCCUUCCAGCAUCACAGCAUCUAAGGGGUCAGUAUUAUUUUGGCUACAUGUCAAAUGAUGGAAUGGGGUGGGAAAUGUCUUGGCAGGUGGAAGAACCUGUUUCUCUGACUGAAAUGGUCCCUGACAUGGUUGUUUGGGUGGGAUACCCCUAAUCUGACAUUAGUUGUCUGGAUGAGCUCCCUCCCUGGUGUGUGAAGAGAAACAGGCACUGCCAGAGGACACUGACACCGAUUUAAGGCUCAUCCAUUGUCAGUAGGUGCUGUACAGAGACCCAGUGUCUGAAGCAAAGAGCAGGAGAGUGGUCAGAGUGUGACCAGUGCCUGUGGGGAGAUAGGUGAGGGCUCUCCUGUGGGGCAAGUCCUACCCAGGGAGCAUCCCCUGCCUGGGGUCUGGGGCUGUGGCACAUAAAGCUUCUCAAAAACAGAGGGGAGGGUGGGAGGGGGAGGAGGGAGAAUAAAAGAGAGACAGCUGUUUCAAACAGAACUGUCCAGAGAGAUUUUGCUACAGAGAACUCACACAGAGCCUCGCUGAACUGAUAGAGAUGGUGCUAAUAAUGUCAAGGUUGUGUGUUUGAUCCCUGUAGGGGCCAUUCACUUCAGAGUUGGACUAGAUGAUCCUUGUUGGUCUCUUCCAACUCAGAAUAUUCUGUAAGUGUUCGACACACUUAAUUUCUUUUGCCAGCAUUUUCCACUGCAUUGUCUUUGAACGCCAGCUUCAUAGAUCAGAGAUAAACAGAGAUAACCAAUCUUCUUCUGCAGAUUCUCAUUCAGGAUUACUUUAAGAGUAAUGUCAUGCCUCUGUCUUAGUACACAGAGACUUCCUAAGGUAAUGAAGCUAUGAAAGCUAUUUUUUUUUUUUUUAUUCCAUUAAUACUUCUAUUCCCCUUCUUAAGCUACAGUUUUUACCAUCUUCUGCUCUCUACACGUUCUCAUCCCUUGUUUACUUGUUUCCCUACCAGGGCUUUGCCAGGUCUUAAUUACCAUUGCUUUAGGACUAUUACAUAACUAACAAAGUCAGCUUUAAUAACAUUCAUUCUUAUCAUUAGCAGAUUAAUAAGUAAACUCAUAUCUCUAACAGGAAUGGCAAGGCACUAUUGGCUAAUUUCAACCACAUGAUUUGGUACCACAGCAUAUAAAUAAGCAUGGAUUUACAAGUCCAGCACUGGGCUUUUCUGACACUUGACUUCCUCAGCCCACCAUGGAGGCCCUGGGAGUGACAACUAUUUUGUUGCUGGUUUGCAUCUCUUGCCUUCUCUUUGCCACAUGGAGAAGCAGAUCUCAAAAAGGGAAGGAGCCUCCUGGUCCCACUGCAUUCCCCAUUGUUGGAAACCUGCUCCAGAUAAACCCAUGGAAUUUGCCUAAAAGCUUGAAAGAGCUCAGUGAGAAGUAUGGUCCUGUCUUCACGGUACAUUUGGGCCCACAAAAGGUUGUGGUGCUGUAUGGCUAUGAUGUGGUAAAAGAAGCCCUGGUUGAUCAAGGAGAUGACUUCAGUGGAAGAGGCUCUCUACCACUGAUUAAAAAACUCUUCCAAGGCACAGGCAUUGUGACCAGCAAUGGGGAGACCUGGAAGCAGCUGAGACGAUUUGCACUCACCACCCUGCGGGAUUUUGGGAUGGGGAAAAAGGGCAUUGAGGAGCGAAUCCAGGAGGAAGCUCAUUUUCUGGUGGAGAGGCUCAAGAACACACAUGAGAAACCUCUGAACCCCAGUGGUUUCCUAAUCCAUGCUGUUUCCAACAUCAUCUGCUCCAUCGUCUUUGGGGAUCGGUUUGACUAUGAGGACAAGAGUUUUCUAAGUUUAAUUGAUUGGAUAGAGGAAAACAACAAGCUCCAAACCGCUAUACAAGCACAGCUAUAUAAUUUUUUCCCAACUGUCAUGGAUUAUCUACCUGGACCUCAUCAACGACUGAUAAAAAAUUUUGAAAAAGUUGAUAAAUUUACAACAGAUAUCGUAAUGGAACACCAGAAAACCCUGGAUCCCACUUGUCCUCGAGAUUUUAUUGAUGCUUUUCUUAAUAAAAUGGAACAGGAGAAAGGGAAUGCUGACUCAAAAUUCACCAUUGAGACCUUGAGCAGAACCACACUCGACUUGUUCCUUGCAGGAACAGGGACCACAAGCAUCACACUGAGAUUUGCAAUUCUGAUUCUUCAUAAAUACCCGGAAAUAGUAGAGAAAAUGCAAAAGGAGAUUGAUUCCGUGAUUGGCCGAGAGCGAAGCCCUCGCAUGUCGGAUCGGAGCCAGAUGCCCUUUACAGAUGCUGUGAUCCACGAAAUCCAGAGAUACAUUGACUUCCUUCCUAUUAAUGUCCCACAUGCUGUAAUCAGAGACACCAAGUUCAGAGACUAUUUUAUCCCCAAGGACACUCUGAUAUUCCCUAUGCUGAGUUCUGUCCUACAUGAUAGCAAAGAAUUUCCAAAUCCAGAAAAAUUUGACCCAGGACAUUUCUUGAAUGCAAAUGGUACCUUUAAAAAGAGUGACUACUUCAUGCCAUUUUCUACAGGAAAACGCAUCUGUGCAGGAGAAGGUCUGGCCCGAAUGGAGAUAUUCAUAUUUUUAACAUCCAUCCUGCAGAACUUCACUUUGAAGCCUGUUGUGGAUCACAAAGACAUUGACAUCACCCCAAUAGUCACCAGUCUGGCAAAUAUGCCCCAAGACUAUGAGGUCUCUUUCGUUCCACGUUAGCCAAGUGAGGAGUUUCCAGCUCCCAAACUCAGGAGUGCUCUGGCUGAAUGACAGUCAUUCCCCAGUCUGUUGAGAAUGAAACACUCAAACCAUUUAUGGAGACAGGAGUGCUUAGAAAAGAAAAUUGUAUGGUGCUUUUAUAAUCACCACAGCCAGCUCUUAAUAGAGCAGGCAAUCACACAGGGAACGACACAGUACCCUGUGCAAAAUUACAGAUUCCCCUCUGCAUCUACCUCACCCAGCUGUGGUUGCUGUCUGGCUCCUGACAUGCCAGGCUGCCUGCACGAGUUCUCAGAGCCCUGCUGCUGCUGCCCCUAUCACCUGACAGGUUCCACCAGCAAUAGAUGCUUGUACUCCAGGGUUUUUACAAACUCUGUUUGAAGUACCUCUCUCUGUACUUUCAGUUUCUUUGUAAUCUAUUUGUAAAGACAAACAUAAGGGUAUUUUGUGGUAAAUAACAUAGACUUCUUUCCCGAAAACUUACUGUCUACUGUAGUGGGGAUAGAGCUUGUCAAUGACUGGGCAGAUGGGUUAUCCUCUGUGAUUACAAUGAGGGUUUGUGAAAUUACAAUUUAUACUGCAAAAUAAAGAAGUAGUAUACUGAAUUGUUGUUUUUCUGAUAUUCCAGAAGAUCUUUUAGUGAAAAACCAGUGUCCACAAAGCUUAUGCUCCAAAAUCUCUUUCAAGUCCUGUACACAUUUGACUGCUUCAUUUCACUCUUAUGAAAUGUACUGUGGCUUGAAGAAUGAGCUGGUUAAUGAUCUAUAAACAUCCAUUCCCAAUUUGGAAUAAAGCUGCACUGACCCUAUGGGACCCAUCAGAACCCCAACUGUGGUUACAGAGCUGUUCAUUGGGUAAAAAAGGACAAAUUAAAUCAUACCAGGAUCCCCCCCAGUACCUUUUCCUAGAUGAAUGCCAGCUUGCAUCUUCUCAAUAUUUUAUCAAGUACAUAAAGAUCACUACAGCAAUGUUACAAUAAGGAAAAAAAAUUAAUAAAGUUUAUAUGACUUGCUAAGCAUAUAUGCACAGAUCAAUGGCUGGCAUUUCCUGCCUUGAUCACAUUCCCAUCAAUAUAUAGUGAUUACAGUGAAGAGAGAGAGCUCAAUCUAUAUUACGUGGGAAAAGACAGAACUGCAAAAUUACCACAAUGCCAUUAACUGUUUAUGUGAAACAGACAGAACUUGCUUCCUUUCAAAGAUUAAUAAGCUAGAUAUACUAUGCAUUACUAGCAUGAUAUUACAAAGACAAAAAGCCACAAAUUCCACAGAAUCACAGAAAUAAAUUCCCUCACCAGAUAAAAAGAAGAAAGCACUGUAUUUCCACUUUAGCUGUGCCAUGACAAAAAUAGCCAAAGCAAAUGAGGGAGCAGCUUUCUUAUUCCAGUUAUCUUCAUGCUGAGAAGUCAAGGAGGCAGCCAAUGCAGAUCAGCAAAACAGAUUUAGUGCCUGGAGACUCCACCAUGGUAUGAAGUGGGCUUUGGGAUUAGAGGACUAAAGCCAUGUGCCCUGAUUCUGAACACUGUGGAUAUCUCCACAAAGUACUGCUCUGAAACUUGAAUGACUUCAGCAUAACCUGUUAGAGCAGCUGGGCAGAACUGUCUUCAGAUGCUGGAAAAAAAAAUCUCUGGAACUGAACACUUCUGCUUCUUCUAAAAGAGCUGUUAUUUGCUAGGCUGAUUUUCAUUCCCUGGUUUGCAGUUGCAGUCCAAGCCAUCAAGAACUGCUUCAGCUCCAAAGUGGUUUGCAGACCAUUCUGAUGACUCACUUUGCCCCUGGACUCUCAUCCAUCGGCCCUCCCUUUUCUGUUUUCCUCCUGUUCCUCCUUUUAAGAAUCCACUAUUUUCUUACUCUAUUUUCCACCAGAAAAUGCUGCAAAGAACUCUGAGAUUUAUCUCCUCUGGAAUUUCUCAGGGAUUCUUCAGUAGCUGAGCAGUAACCAAGUUGUGGCUUUGCUUUUAGACUGACUAUACAUUUCCCCAGUUCAAUGCUGUUCACACACACCUGUGUCUCCUCCAUGGUGCUACUCUCCAAGGACCUGCCACCCUUGACAUGAUGUGGAUUCUACCAGAGGUCCCUCAGGCAGGGAGGGUAACAGUUACUCAGAGACACAACUGGGAACAUAGCUGUCAGCUCUUGGCCUAACUAGGAUGCCACUCUCACAGUCUUCCAGCCAGCCAGGAAGUCCAUCUCUAAAAUUUCCUCUCAAAAAGAAAGUUUAUUGUGGGACAAGCCCUUCUCUCAUUUUUGCUUUCUGGAGGUGGAAUACUCAAAGAGUUUGUGAAGGAACUAUUUCUUACCUUUCUUACCUGAAAACAUUGAGCACUUGGUGACAGUGUAUGGCUAGAAGGAUUUCCAUCUUCAGAGCCCCUGGAGGUUUUCAUCCUUGUAGUUUUAAAAUGGCACUGUAUUUUGUACACACAGAAAAGCAACUUUUUCAAAAGGAACAGCCCAUGGUCCAUCCUGUGCCUUUCCUGUGGGAUCUGUGGUUUUCCCUGCUGGAAUGGUGCCUCCCUGUGUUCCCCUGCAGUCCUGCCAGGUAACAACAUGAGCACAGAAAUGCUAUUUCUAUAUCAAAGCCAGGAUUUUCAAAGUGAUGGUGAAGGCACUCGAAAGUCAUCUGCUUCACUCUUCAAAAAGAGCACUAGGGAAAAGUGUCUAUCCUGACUAAACAAUGGCUGUACACAGCCUGACAGCAUGAUGAUCUUUAUCACACUAGCACCUGACUUGUAAACACUCUUAAGCUUGAACCACUUCCUUCUUACAUACAGCACUUGCACUGUCUUCAACCACAACUCACUUAAAAGGCAGCCUGAAUUACUUAAGGUCAGCAGGUACAAAAAAAAUAUCCUUGGAGUAGGACGAAUAACUGUUCAGUACAAAGGGCUCUGCCAAAUCAGCAAUUUGGAAUGUUGUUAACCUAGUAGAGAAGUAGAUUUUUGUGGUAGGCAUGCCACUUCAAAAACUACUAGGAUCAAAAUUCACUGGUGAAGUAGAGAAAGGGUCUGCUAAGUCAACUGAGCAUGUAAUAAAAGUAAUAUGUCUUGAAACUUCACCAGUAGUCCCAACAGUCAAAGAAUAUAAUGGCAGGAAUACUUGAUGCAGAGGUUUAAAACACGUUCUCUUCUAUCAUCCCUAGCAGUUUGAAGGAGUUUGUCUUUAUUAACAGAGCCCUUUAAAAAAUAAAAAAAAACAGCUUGUGUAAUCUUUCCAACAGAAGUUGAGAUUCCAGAGAAAUAUAUACAGCAAGUUUAUUGUAAAUUUGUCUCUCUAUUUCAAACAGAUAAAAGGGGACACCAAAAUGAAGUGUUUUCAAUACCCCACCCAUUAAGUCCAAAGUUCCAGGUAUCUUCCCAACACAGAACCCAAUGAAAGAAAAA